AUGCUGAUAGGUGCUGAUAUUUUUUGGAAUGUUUUAUGUCCAAACCAAUUGAAGUUAAAUACAAAUGGUCCUGUUUUACAGGAAACUCAGCUUGGAUGGUUGGUUUCAGGUAAAAUACAAGGCUUUCAGCUUUCUAAUAAUAUAGUUUGUAAUUUGGUUAAAAAUGAAGGUGAUUUAUAUAUCCAAGACCAGUUAUCAAAAUUCUUUGAAAUAGAAAGUGUUAAAACUGCCAGUCCUUGGUCCAAAGAGGAAAUGGACUGUGAAACAACAAGAACUCAAGAAGGUAGUUUUGUUGUAUCGAUUCCAUUGAAAGCAAGUCCAAAAAUAUUAGGUGAAUCUUUAGGUCUAGCCAAAAGAAGAUUCAAAUCACUUGAGCAAAAAUUCUCAAAAGAAUACCAAUUCUCAAGAAUGUACAAGAAUUUUAUCCUCGAAUAUGAAAAGCUCAAUCAUAUGCAAAACAUAGGAGAGGUAUCUGAAGUAAAUCAUGAGGAUUAA